ACCAAAACAACACAAACCUGCGCUACCCCUACCUACUAUACAGACGCAUCCAGCUAGAAGAUUGCUACGUUCUUAAAAGAUGUUUAUCCCUACCUGAGAACAAGUCAAAGUUAAAUUAAAUGAGUUUUGUUAACAUAACGGCUAGAGAAAAGGUGAAUACUUCGCUGCAUUUGUUCACCCCUCAACCAUAGCCUCUAUCGACUAUGGAGCGUCCAUCAGGGAUAAGCAUGGAAUCACUGAGAUUGCUAACCUGGUAACUAACAACGGACCAGGGAAGAACAGGACAGAGACCAUCUAAAAAAUCCCUGGAGAACAGAGAGAUAUUACCGGUGCAUGGAAUCGCAUACAGCAGGGUAUAGAGACAUACGCUUCUACCUUCCUAUAUAUCAGGUACAUGCACGGUUGAUUGGAAUAUUAAUCAUAAAGCAUCUAUACCUCCAUCGCAUGCUCUUUACUAGGAAUGAAUAUCUAUCAACCUUCAGCUUCAAAAAGCCGGAAAUUCCCGACGAAGCAAACGAAAGCGAGAUCUCAAUCGCAACCAUCCAAGUAACAGCACCAGCCACAACAACUACUCAAUCCCUACAGGAAGAUACAGUAUACUAUACUUCCAUGCAAGAAUCACCAGAUACCCACCGCAAGCAGCCACUAUAACAAUCAACCGAAUGGGUUUCGGCCGAAACCUGCCUGCACUCCAUUUACUUCAGCCACCAGUUGUAUAGUAAACCGAGAAGUAAGAGUUGUAAAAAUCAUAUGAUCCACCCCAAAAGAAAACGAAAGAACAUAAUAAAGCCAAGCUCAAUACCCCUGCAAGUAGCACAAACCAGCUAAGCC